GCAACAUUAAAAAUGGCACGCACGUCACAAAUACUCUUGCCUUGUGUGAUUGUGUGUCGGUUGAGUUUAUAUUAUUUUCUUCUGUUUUUCACUCCUUUUCCACGACUUUUAUUACUGACUAAGGACUCUAAUAUUUGCUUUGUGUGAUCCGUGCGUACCUAAAGGAUUUUGAUUUUGCCCCUCGUUCCUGUGACUGCCAUUGACUUUUGGAUACCGAUUUUGCCUCUGUUUGGAUUGUUGAUUGAUAUUGCUGUAUCAAUCAACAUGGAAGAUCGUCGUCACAGAUUAACGCGAACCUUGUGUGUUAAUUGUAACAUUUGUGUUAACACUUUACGCCGCUACCUGGCUCUCACGCUCGAUCCUAGAGUCACCAGUUUAAUCUGUAGCUGGGUCUAUCCUCAAAUAAUUACUGAAGAGGAUGUUGUAUGUGAAGCAUGUAGAGAUCUUGCAAUGUUUGCUGUCAAUGAAAAUCUACAACAAGAAGUUUCUAAUAGUGGUGAACAAGCUGGACCAAGUCACAAAGGCCAUGCUCAUGUGUGUCUUUUGUGUGGAUGCUCUAUAGCUCGUAGACAGAGUGACAAAAUAUUAAAAGACUCCCCUACAGACCUGCAACGUUCCAUAAUAGCUAUUAUAGAAAGCAGAGUAGCGAUACGACCGAUAUCAGAAUCUGACCGUGUGUGCCAUGCUUGCUGGUUACGGACAAAGAGAGAGUCACAGCGUAUGAACCGUAUUGAUGACGCCAGAUCACAACAAAAUGUUCAAGAAGUCACCCAGUCACAGGACUUUGUUUCUCCUGACCAAUCAACAUUAAAUGUGGAAAUAAUUUUACCUAAUUACAGAAGAGCAGCGAACACUAACAACCAUUGUGUUUUUCCACACUGCUCUAAUACUACAUUAAGAGGAAUAUCUGAUGAGCUAAGAGCUAUUGUCCUGAAUUCUUAUCAUUAUUAUCUGCCAGAGCUGGCUAGAAUAUGUGAUGAACACUUGGAGAGUUAUACGUGGGACACAUUAUUUGAUUCAGAUAAUAGUAUUUCGAAAUUUACAGCCCGCCAAAUACAACAUGUAUUUUCAUUUGUAAACGCUUUUAAUCCAACAUUAGAUUUCAAAAAUAUAGAAGAAAUGGAUGAGCGACUGUUUAUAUAUUUGAUAGGCUACACUAAAGAGAAAUUCAACACAUUACUUGAAGAAGUACCUCGUGUCAAAAGUAUACGUCAGGGAACCCUAGGAUUAGCAAUGCUCCUUUUAAAAUUGAGGACUGGCGACUCUGAUGAGAGAAUUGCCACAUUGAUUAAUAUGCCACGUCGCACUUUGGAGACCGUAAUGGACAAAGUGAGAGAGGUACUUGUUCAAGAUUUUGUGCCAAAUAAUCUUGGUAUAAAUCAAUUGAGGAGGGAAGAACUGUUUCGUCGCAAUUUAUCCAUUCCAAUACGGUAAUGGAAAUAAUGCCAUAGUAAUAUGUGAUGGUACAUAUAUAUACAUUCAUAAAAGCGCUAAUUACAUGUUCCAAAAACAAAGUUAUUCCCUCCACAAAUACCGAAAUCUAUUGAAGCCGUUUAUGAUUGUUGCUACUGAUGGAUAUAUUGUUGAUUGUUUUGGCCCUUAUAAAGCAACUAAAUCAGAUGCUGACAUUAUGAUAAGUUUAUUCCAGGAUGGAUCUCCUCUAAGGUCGUAUUUUAUUGAAGAUGAUGUGUUCAUACUGGACCGGGGUUUUAGGGACAGUAUUAAUUUGUUAGAAGAAUGUGGUUAUAGACCAUGUAUGCUAGAUUCACUUCUAGAAGGCGAGCACCAAUUAACUACAGAACAAGCCAAUCAGAGUCGUUGUGUUACACUUUGCAGAUGGGUGGUAGAGGCUGUUAAUGGUCACUUAAAGAGAGAUUUUAAGCUAUUACGACAAGAAUAUUUUCAUCGGGCUCUACCACACAUGAUGCAAAACUUUCAAAUAGCUGCAGCUUUGUUAAAUAGAUUUGGUGUUCGCUUUCAAGAUAGUGUAUAUGCUAAUGAAAUAUUAGAAGUAAUUAGAGAAAGGAGGAAUCUUACGAAUAAUCUGGCUAACAUGUUUCAACAGACAAAUAUGAACCGUAGAACAACACAAUAUCAAAGCAUUACUGCAGAUCGUAAUAAUCUUUUAUACUUCCACGGCGGUCAGUAGUGGUGAACAUGAUUCUGCUGGAUACAACCAUAGAGGAAAUGGCGUGACAACAUUAAACAAUAUUACGUGUAUAUUUUAAUUGAAAACGAUGUUCCUGGCAGAACAGCUAUAGUAGAAUAUUGUUGUAGCUGUUUGGUAGUGAGGCGCACUUUGGGUUGUUGUGCCCAUGUGACUCUGAUAUGGUAUUUAAGAUGGGCCAGACAUGAAAAAAAAUUGUGAGCCG